AUGCCCCCUGUCCCUGCCUACCACCAUCACAGUCACACUCCUACCCCUGCCCCUGUCCCUACUCUCUUCUACUCAUCACAGUCACACUCCUACCCCCUGCCCCUGUCCCUGCCUACUACCAUCACAGUCACACUCCUACCCCUGCCCCCUGUCCCUGCCUACCACCAUCACAGUCACACUCCUACCCCUGCCCCUGUCCCUGCCUACCACCAUCACAGUCACACUCCUACCCCUGCCCCCGUCCCUGCCUACUACCAUCACAGUCACACUCCUACCCCUGCCCCUGUCCCUGCCUUCUACCAUCACACUCCUACCCCUGCCCCUGUCCCUGCCAACCACCAUCACAGUCAACUCUUACCCCCUGCCCCUGUCCCUGCCUACUACCAUCACAGUCACACUCCUACCCCUGCCCCCUGUCCCUGCCAACCACUAUCAUCACAGUCACACUCCUACCUCUGCCCCUGUCCCUGCUCUCUUCACUAUCAUCACAGUCACGCUCCUGCCCCCUGUCCCUGCUCUUCCCUCACAAGCUGCCUCCUACCCCUCUGUCCAUGCAGUCCAUCACUGCACUCCUACCCCUGCCCCUGUCCCUGCCAACUCACCAUCACAGUCACACUCCUACCCCUGCCCCUGUCCCUGCCUACCACCAUCACAGUCACGCUCCUACCCCUGCCCCUGUCCCUGCCUACUACCAUCACAUCACAGUCACACUCCUACUCUCUGCCCCUGUCCCUGCCUACCACCAUCACAGUCACUGCUCCUACCCCUGCCCCUGUCCCUGCUCUACUACCAUCACAGUCACGCUCCUACCUCUGCCCCUGUCCCUGCCUACCACCAUCCGUCCCUGCUCCUUUCUACCACCAUCACAGUCACGCUCCUAUCCCUGCCCCCCUGUCCCUGCCUUACUACCAUCACAGUCACACUCCCACCCCUGCCCCUGUCCCUGCCCUACUACCAUCACAGUCACGCUCCUACCCCUGUCCCUGCCUACUACCAUCACAGUCACGCUCCUGCCCUGCCCCUGUCACUGCCCUACUACCAUCACAGUCACGCUCCUAUCCCUGCCCCUGUGUCCCUGCCUACUACCAUCCAUCACACUCCUACCCCUGCCUCCUGUCCCUCCUCUACUACCAUCACAGUCACACUCCUACCACUGCCCCUGUCAAUGCCUACUACCAUCACACUCUCACGUCUCAUACCAUCCUGCCCCCUGUCCCUGCCUUCUACCAUCACACUCCUACCCCUGCCCCUGUCCCUGCCUCUACCAUCACAGUCACACUCCUACCCCUGCCCCUGUCCCUGCCUUCUACCAUCACAGUCACACUCCUACCCCUGCGCCUGUCCCUGCCUUCUGCCAUCACACUCCUAGCCCUACCGCUGUCCCUACCUAUUACCAUCACAGUCACGAUCCUACCCCUGCCCCCGUCCCUGCUUUCUACCAUCACAGUCACACUCCUACCUCUGCCCCCGUCCCUGCCUUCUACCAUCACACUCCUACCUCUGCCCCGGUCCCUGCCUUCUACCAUCACACUCCUACCCCUGCCCCCGUCGCUACCUACUACCAUCUCUCUCUACCUCUGCCCCCGCCUACUACCAUCAUAG